GCCGAGGACAACGAACAUGCCUCUCAAAGACCGUGUGACGAAGAGAGCAAUACUAUGGUGGCUUAUUUUCGUUGGCUGUGGAGUGAACUACAUGAUACGGGCGAACAUCAACAUCGCCAUCGUCGCCAUGGUCCAGAUGACGACAGCAUCAGACGAAACCGCAGUCGCCAGCGAAUGUAUUGACGAUGAGUUCUCUCUGAGCGGAAACUACACCCUCAAUAGCAACACUACUGUGCCUGGCUACAAUGUGUCUACAGAGAACAGGUUUGACUGGGACGAAGACCAGCAGAACAUGGUGAUUGGCGGCGUUUUCUGGCUGUACUGGGCGGGGCAGCUGCCCGGCGGGAUGCUGGCGCAGUACUACGGCACCAAGAGGGUGUUCGGCUACUCCAACCUCUUCUGCUGCGUGACGACGCUGCUGGUGCCGCUGUUCGCGCAUACCGACUACAGGCUCUUAGUGGCCCUUAGAGUUCUUCAAGGGGUCUCUAUUGGGCUUUCAUGGCCAUCACUAAACCGAAUCGUCUCGCAGUGGAUACCUCCUGACGACAGAAGUAAAUUUAUGAGUUCUUACAUGGGAGGUUCUAUCGGCUCUGCUGUGACCUUCCCACUGUGUGGUAUGCUGAUCCACUAUCUGAACUGGCAGUCGGUGUUCUAUGUGACCAGCGUCAUUGGGAUCGCUUGGUUCGUCUUCUGGUGGUGGUUAGUGUUCGACACCCCCGCCCAACACCCGACCAUAACGCAAAAGGAGCUCGCCUAUAUACGAAGUUCGGUUGGAGUCACUGAGAGGAAGCUUCCCAUUCCUUGGCGAAAGAUACUGACGUGUCGACCAUUGCUUAUAGCGAUUGCAGCCGACUGGGGCUGUCUGUGGGGGAUGUACACGCUCCUGACGCAGGCGCCGACAUACCUCCAAAACGUCCAGGGGUGGAGUGUGCAGAUGCUUGGACUCGUGACGGGGGUACCUCAUAUUUUCCGGUUGGUGGUCGGGGUUCUGGUGGGUACCUGGUGUGACCAUCUCCGCGGCAGUGGAAAGCUCUCUGUCACCAACGUUCGGAAACUGGGAACUUUCGUAACAAACAUCGUCCAAGGGCUGUUUAUGCUGGGUCUGGCCUUCUCCGGCUGCAGCUCCGUUGUGGCCGCCAUCUGUCUGACAGUAGCGCUCUCAGCUUCCGGAGCAGAGACUGCUGGACCCAUUGCAACUUAUGUCGAUCUCAGCCCCAACUUUGGAGGGAUCCUAAUGGGCAUCGCAAAUACAAUUUGCGUGACACCCGGUGUCAUAUCAGCUGCUAUGGUGGGAUACCUAACGUACAAAAACCAAACAACCGAACAAUGGAAGAAGGUUUUCCUGAUAGCGUCGGGGGCGCUUUUAGCAACAGGUGUGCUGCACCUCCUGACGUCCUCCGCGGAAAUACAGGAGUGGAAUUCGCCCGCUGUCGUGGACAGACAGCCGAAGCGAUACCGAGAAGAGCCGGAGGACGAGGAGGCUCAACGGAGCCUUACUGCGAACCAGGAGAGAACUCAGCUGGAGGAAAUUAAGGGAAAAUGGCGAACAUCUGGAAACGCGCAGUAGGCCACCGUGCUUGAAGAGGUGGUUGUCAACAGUAUCUCACACAUGCGAACCACCGACUAA